UGAAGAACUCGGUACGCGCUGCCAACAUUUUCGCUUGUUGGGCAGCUAACUGGAAAAAGUUGAAUGUUGUGUACCCUAGCAGGAUUUCGGCGCGAAAUAUAAACUGUUGAAUGAAAACGAUUUCAUAUUGUGAACUUUACAUAGUAUUAUUACGUAUAUAUAAACUAUAGUGAUAAACCGCGAAUUGUGGCAUACUGUGUUUCGGCUUACACUGCCGUUGCCACUUUAUUUGAACUAACACCGGAGUGAUGUGUGUCGGCGACCGGUGACAUUUGCGAACCUGGAUUUUAAAGGACUUUUUAAGUUUCGGAAAAAUUGUGUUUUAUUUUAUAGAUAUUACCCCUUUCACGUUCCUUGACACCGUUUCCGUGCACAGCUCUGAACAGUAAUUGAAUCCUCACAAGUACACGAGUGACGGCAUCAAGAUGAGUUUCAAUAAAAAUAACCCCAACGCCAUGGGGAAGAUCAUGGGAUACCUCAAGCAGCUCUCCACCGAAAUGAGUGGAAGCGAGGAGAAUCGUCGUGGGCAAGGCGACGAGGAGCGGCUAUACCGAGCACGAGGGCCCAAGUACGCUCGAGUGCCGUCCCGGCCAACUCUGUCCACCUCCACCACCUGCACCUCGCUCGCCACCUCGUGUGGCUCGCAGGGUACCCUCGCCCCCAAUUACGCUACCAUCCAUGAGAACGUCUCUACUGAAAGCAGCAGCGAGGACGACGAGGACUCCUUCGACAAGACCCGCAGACAUUUCCAACAACUACGCCAAAUUAGCCUCGGAAACGAAUUCAAAUACAAAAUGGAAAUGGAAAUUAAGAGUGCUAAGGAUGAAAACUUGCGAAAUUCUGUGCCUUAUGUAAAGCAGUUAAGCACGGACAAUGUAAAAUCGAAUCUAUCUAUCAAUGGAGACGCUCGACCUUUUAAGACUCCGAUUCCUCAGCGUCUUUAUCUCUGGACCCAGUUACUGGCUGCUCUGGCCGUGUCUAUGGGAUCCUUGAUUGUUGGCUUUUCAUCAGGAUACACUUCGCCAGCUUUACCCAAAAUGAACGCUACAUUAUCUCUUACUAUAGAAGAAGAAAGUUGGAUCGGUGGAUUGAUGCCACUGGCAGCGUUGGUUGGCGGCAUUUGCGGAGGACCCCUCAUUGAAUACAUAGGAAGAAAACGUACCAUUAUGGCAAUCGCUCUGCCUUUCUCAUUGGGAUGGGUGUUGAUUGCCUCAGCUAGUAACGUCAUGAUGGUGUUUGCCGGAAGAGUUUUUUGCGGAAUCUGCGUGGGGAUAGGAUCUCUUUCCUUUCCUGUUUAUCUUGGAGAAACUCUUCAACCUGAAGUACGAGGAGCUCUGGGAUUGCUGCCAACAGCAUUUGGUAACACUGGCAUUUUAUUGGUUUUCUUCUUGGGAACAUAUCUGGACUGGACACAUCUAGCAUACUUUGGGGCUUGUCUCUCAGUUCCAUUCGUAUUGUUAAUGUUGUUCGCCCCGGAAACACCGCGAUGGUACGUGACCAAGGGCCGCCCGGAGGAUGCAGCCAAGGCUCUCCAGUGGUUGAGAGGCAAACAAUAUAACAUAGAAAAGGAAAUGCGGGAUUUAACAAAAUCCCAAACUGAGUCGGACCUAAAAGGUGGCAACGUUUUCAACACACUAUUCUCUAAGAAAUACGCGCCGGCAGUACUUAUUUCUUUAGGAUUGAUGCUGUUCCAACAACUAUCUGGAAUUAACGCCGUUAUAUUCUACGCUGCAAAAAUCUUUAAGGGCGCAGGAGGCAGCAUUGAUGCAAAUCUAUCCAGUGUAAUUAUUGGCAUUGUGAACUUUAUAUCGACAUUCAUUGCAACAGCAAUCAUAGACCGUCUUGGAAGAAAAAUGUUGCUCUACAUUUCAUCCGUCUCGAUGAUAACAACACUGGUGGCCCUCGGAGCUUAUUUCUACUUGAAAGAAAAUGCCGGUAUGGAUGUCUCCGCAUGCAGUUGGUUGCCACUUGCCUGUUUAGUGAUAUACGUAUUAGGCUUCUCUAUUGGAUUCGGACCAAUUCCGUGGCUGAUGCUGGGAGAGAUAUUACCAUCGAAAAUACGCGGCACCGCUGCAUCGCUGGCAACUGCCUUCAACUGGACGUGUACGUUCCUUGUAACAAAAUCAUUCCAAAACAUGAUUGCCGCAAUUAAUAUGUGCGGUACCGUAUGGGUUUUUGCUGGUUUAUGCUUAUUUGGGUUAUUUUUCGUAAUAUUCUUUGUACCUGAAACUCGCGGCAAAAGUUUGGAAGAAAUUGAGAAACAUCUAACUAGAGGAUCCAAGAGAACGCGGAAUAUGGACAAUAAGACGAGAAUGGAAGGUGGAGGAUGUUAAUGAGAAGGUAAUUGUGUGAUAUGAUAAGUCAUAGGUACAUUCCAGGGUGCAGGAGAAGCACGGGCCACACGUGCGGCUCGCUAGGUAAAGCAAGUGAAAUAGGCAACACAUGCCUAGUGUGAAUGCUGAAGACUGAGUUGGAUUGUAGUUAUAUUUUAGGAUUUCCAUUGACAUGCAUUGUGUAAAUAUUAGUAAAUUAGUCAAAGUAAUAUUUAUGUCAUGAAUAGUUCCUUUUAAAUUAGGUUAGAGUAAGCGACAUUGUCGCCACGGACAUUUUUAGUUCCUGAUGCCAUUGUGUACUUUUAAAUAUUGUCAAUAACAAAAACAAGAUCAUGCAUUAGAAAAUUAAAUUCUGAAUGAUAAUAAAUUUAUUAAUCUUGUAUUUAGGAUUCAAUCGCAAAAAUAUAGUGUCAUCUAACUAAAAUAAAUUAUAACUGUAAUAUAGGUUUGUUGAUCUGCGAGCAACUCAAAUAUGAAUCAUGACAAAUUAGGUAUUUAUGACCAAAUGAUUAUUUUAUAAGGAUUUGUUAAUUAAUUAUUUUAUUAUAAUGUAUUUAGUCUUUUAUUAUUUCUGAAUCCGUAUAUUACGGAGGCAAUGUUUAUCGAUUUGUUAUCAUUUUUUUAUUAAUAUAAAAUAUUGAAACUGA